ACUUUUCGACGCCAAGAUGGCGUUUGGGCGGUUGAAUUCAACCGUGACUCUAAAGUGAGCCACGGCAACCCCCGUAUGCUACACUGUCGCGCAUUCUCUUUCCCAAAUCGAACAAAUCGAACAUGCGCCUCUCAGACCUUGCAGGGAAGCGCGUGUUGAUCCUGGCAUUUUCGACUCCAAGAGUGCGUUAGCAUGGUCUCGAUAAGAAUGGGAUCGCGAUGAAAAAGACAACGGAGUGCGCAAAUUGCAAGUUAUAAGAGACUGAGACUUCGCUGAAAUAAAAACAUACGAAAGAGUUGAACAUUCAUCACAACAGAUUUCAGAAACGUAUAACUCGGUCUCAUCAAAGGAUUGCAUAUCCAAUUUCGAAUCCACCACACACACCUGUCCUAGAAAGCCCCGAAAUCACCAUUCACAUCAGUAAAGAUACCAUGGUCCAGCCAACUCGCCCGCCGGCCAAUGGCUUCGUCGCCGCAACUCGAAAAGUUUAUAACCCCCUGGGGUUCUCGAAAGGCUACAACUUUGUUCUUUUCUUCAUCUUCUUCGGUGCACUCAUGGGAUUUACCCUCGCGCGAUUCCAGUACCUCAACUUCGAUACGUUCUGCAGUGGAGCAGCGCCAGGGGAAUGCUUCAACUACCAAAAGGGCCACGAGAAAGCCGGCCUCAUAAUCCACCUUGCUGGAAUCUUGCCCGCUGGCUUCUUGGCAUGUUUCCAGUUCGUGCCAGUACUUCGUCACAAAGUCCUUCUCUUUCAUCGCAUCAACGGUUAUGUUGUCAUCCUUCUCGCACUCGUUGGAAUUGCGGGCGCCUUGAUGAUUGCGAGGAAUGCCUUUGGCGGCACGCUGGACACCCAAGCUGCUAUCGGCGUUAUGGCAAUCAUGUUCGUCACUGCGCUCACCCUAGCAUUUGUCAACAUCAAGCGACUUCAGAUCGAGCAGCAUCGAGCAUGGAUGCUACGAGCGUGGUUCUACGCUGGCUCUAUCAUCACUCUUCGUUUGAUCCAGUUCUCGGCUGCAGCUGUGAUUAGCAGUAUUGGAACCUAUUACGCGGCACGUCCUUGCGAUCAAGUUGCUUUUAUGGUCGGCAACAUGAAUCGGACUCUCCAACUCUAUCCCGCCUGUGCAUCCUACUUCUCCGGAGAGAACCCUGGUCAACAAACAAUUGUGCACGCAGACAUUCUCAACCCAACAUCCGCUGCUGAAGCUGGUGUGGCUGCGGGUAUGCCAUUUGGUAUGGCACUUUGGUUGGCCCUUGCUUUGCAUGCAAUUGGAAUCGAGAUAUAUCUGAAACUUACGCCAGCCGAGACCGAGAGACUACGAUACGUUUCCUACAAGAGGCAAUUAGAGGCUGGUCUGAACCCUGCUGGACGAGCUGGUAUCACAGCCGACAGGAUCGGGGAUUCUGAGGAAUGGCAGCCCAAGCAUGAGCCAUCUCAUGCUAGCUCAAAUUCAGACCUAUCAAACCCUAAAUAAGAACUAGAUUCGGCCGAUGUUGGUACUUGGAAGGGAAUCAGGAGUCAGGUGACAUGCAAAUGUGUUGGUGUGCGGGCGAUAGGCGUUUUAUGGAGGGCUCAUGCUGCGAUUGAAU